AUGGCAAGACUACGGAAGCAGAGGCGGCCAUGGACUAAAGAAGAAGACCAGAAGCUCAUUGACUGUAUAACUAGUAAUGACCAUCUAAGUUGGCCAGAUAUCGCAAUGCAGGCAGGGCUGGAGAGGAGUGGUAAGAGUUGUAGGGAGAGGUGGAAUAACUGUGUGAGUCCUCGUGUCAAGAGAGGGAACUUCUCCCAAGAGGAAGACGACACCAUUAUCCGCCUCCAGUGUGUUCAUGGGAAUAGGUGGGCAUAUAUAGCUACUCAGCUUCCAGGGCGAAGCGAUAAUGCUAUUAAGAACCGCUGGAACAACUACUUGAAGAAGAAGUCUGCGAUAAGUACUCUUCAGAAUAUUUCUGACACACAGCUCUUUCAUCUCAACCAGAAUAUUCCAAACUCAAGCUCGAUCCCUACACCCAUUUCAGCCUUACAAGAAAUCGCCAACCCUUGGUUCAUUUCUGAUGAAGCCAACCAAGAAUUUCUUAGGGGUGAUGAGAUUAUCCAUCACUCUUUGAUUGCCGGGUUUACUUCUUUCAUUCCCAACGUUAAUCCAAAUGAGACCAAUUUCGGAGGAGAUUACUUUGAGCCUUGGAUUUCUGGACCGGCUUCAGCCUCAGUGGAGUACGCGCUCAUGCCAACCGAACGAAUCACCAGAAAUUGGUCUCCUUUAUUUGAAGCUUGGCCAGAACUUACCGACUAA